GUGGGCGCAGUUAUCCUUACAACAUAAAGCCACGAUGUUUGUUUUGCUUCAUCGGAUUCAAAUGUGUAUUUAUCUGGUAUAUUCGGAGACAUCCGCGGCGCCGCGGUCAGUAUACGAGAAAUUUAUCCUAGAUAUUCUUCAAAUUACGAAACAGAAAACGGUGAACAUGCGAGUGAUUUGGAAUGAAAGAAGUUACUAUGCGAUCCUUCCGAGCCCAAAAGGUUCAUUCGAGACAGCUCUGCGACGGUGUCUUCACGGGCAGACAUUCGACAUAUCCGCAUCAGAUCACAAUUCACAAGUGAACGCUUCUACGAUAAGUAAUAAAAAUGUUACUCGAGUUUAGCCCCACGAGAUCCGAAUCACGACAUUCGCCAUCAGCUGUUCUUUUUAUGUCAUCAAGAUUUCCUCGGAUAUGAAUCAUAUUAGUCACAAAACAACAAUAGUCGUCGUCACCAAUUUUGGACAUGGACCAUAGGAGUCAGUUAUGCCGUUAUUCCUUUUGGCGGGAGGCGGCGACAGAGGGAUCAUUCCAAUGAACAGCUUAGGAAUCAAAGGAAAAACCAAUAACACGUCAAGCUUUUCUGUCUUUGUUUAGCUGUGAGCAAGUUGUUCCGACCAUCUUCGUCGUCACCGAUGAGCCCUCUUUGAAACCAUCGUUCUUUUCCUUAACCUUGAUCCUCCCCUGUUUCUUAUAUCCCUCUAGUCCCCCAGCCCAACGAAGUUAUCCUCUCGCUGUCGGGCAUUGCUUUCAUCUGGGUUCCUCUCUUAUGCCUACAAGUCGUUCUCAUUAGUGCCUGACCGAGUUUACUCGACUUCCGCCAAUACUGAAGCGCUGGGCGUCGUUGGGGACGGGCAUGGAGAGCUCAUUGAAGCACAGCAGGGGGUCUCAGCUUCUGCAGUCGAGCUCGCUGAAGCAGCGGAAGAGUGGAUACGAGCCCUCAGACACGGAGACGGAGUCAAGGGAGCAUGACUGUAAAGGCGGAGUUUUGGGCUCUCAGGAUCCACAACUGGGCGCUAUGUUCAUGAGAGAUACGAACCCGGGUCCCUUGAAGCUGAGGCCGUGGCAUUCUCCUCCAAAGGUUGAAAAUGGUGGGUCGCCCCCUGAGAGGAUGUUCGAGGCCACCUCGAUGCGUAGGAGGCACAGUAGUAAGUCGCCCUACAAGCCGAGGAGAGACGAUGCUGGUAAUGCUCUCUUGCCUCAACCUAGUUCAGAUUUUCAUAGGAAUGUUAGCCCGUUUUCAAAGUUAGAGCAUAGAAGGCAUCGUUCGCCUUAUAAGCUGUGGAGAGAAGAGAGGGACCUAGACAACAAUAAUGAUCUUGAUGGUGUGGGCACGAAUAGGAAGCAGAGUCGUAGAACGCCUACAAAAGAUGGAAGGGCGGGUAUAUCGCCCAUCCAGGAUAUUGGUCAAACGAGUGUACGGUCAAACUACCUUCAGAGAUCCAUUAGCACUCCGAAAUUGAGAAUCGGGCACAUCGCACAGAAUAAGAACUAUGGUCAGGUGGAACAGAAGGGUGGGCGGACAUCAUCCCCCUUGGCGAUGAACACAGUGCGGAAGCAACGGGAAGCUUCACCGAUGAAGGCUCCUUCAGUGGGUGAAAUCAAUGAAAUGGUUGCGAAUUUGAAGCUCGCCAGAGCUCCCAUGUUUGGAGCUCCCAACUUCGAGAGCAACGACUCCAUUGCGCCUGGGGACAUCUUCUUCUCUCGUGACUACACUGCUCUGAUGAUGCAGAACGAUGCAUUGCCAAAGAACAAUGGCUCUGAUACCCAAUUUAAUCCGGUUUCCGAGGUGGAUACUAUAAGAGACUCAAAUUCUAAUCGUUGGAACAAUCCCAAUGGGGUUUUUGAGCUUAACCCGCAGAGAAACUCAUCUUAUAGUAGUGUUCCACAAAUGGGGAUGAACUAUAGCUCCACCACUAGCAGACACAGCAGCAGUAAGCGUAGCACCACUAGCAGUAAGAUGAGCAACUCGAGCACAAGAACUACUGACAGCAUGAAGAAGUUCACUGCAAAUCGGAAGAAGAGCCAAUCAGAGCCAUGGUUCGCUUGUAUGAGGAGGCAGUCUUGUAAGACCUCGAAAACUCCCGAGACCAAGGCGUUCGAUGAGGCUUCCUUCAUUGACAAGGCAUUCGUGGUGGAGACUCUGAGACAGUUCUGGGCGGACAAGCAUCAGCCUGGUUCUCUUGAUGGGUUCACUGUCCACAAGCAAGAAGCUCAACUCCUAAAGCAAUUGGUGUCCAGCGAUGUUUGUCCCCAUAUCCUAUUCCAAGGACCAUCAGGUUCGGGAAAAAGAGCACUUACAAUGGCCUUUCUUCAGGAAAUUUACGGUGACCAAUCUUGCAAUGUAUCUCAUGAGCUGAGGAACUUCCAGAUUCAGGAGAAAAGGCAAAUGCAAAUAGCCGUUCCCUUAACUUCCAGUGCUCAUCACGUGGAGCUCAAUGUCCAUAAGGAACUGAAUGCCAGAUACGCUUUAAUGGCUAUAGUCAAGGAAAUAAACAACUACCAUGCUAUUGCUCCUGAAGUCAGCACUGCCGAUUUCAAGGCGGAUUAUAAAGUGAUCGUUCUAUAUGAAGUCGAUAAAGCAGCAGAGAGCAUCCAGCACUUAAUCAAGUGGAUCAUCGACUGUUACUCCGAUUCUUGUAAACUCAUUCUCUGCUCUGAGGAUGACGGGAAUAUUCUGGAGUCGGUGAAGAGCCAAUGCAAAGUCAUUAAGGUUGAUGCGCCUGUUGCACAUGAAAUCAUGGAAGUUCUCAUUCAAAUAGCAAGGAAGGAGGAUUUUGAAUUGUCCAUGAACUUCGCCGCCAAGAUCGCGACUAAGUCGAAGCAAAACAUUAGGAAAGCAAUUAUGGCUCUUGAGGCCUGUAAGGCACACAACUAUCCCUUUGUUGAGGACCAGCCGAUUCCAUUCGGAUGGGAAGAGGUCCUGGUGGAACUCGCCUCAGAAAUUUUAGCCGACCCGUCACCAAAGAGAUUAUUCUUCAUAAGGGGAAAGAUUCAGAAACUUCUUAUGGACUUUGUUCACCCGAAACUGAUUCUCCAGAAGCUCAUAGAGCAGUUCCUCAGAGGAGUUGAGUCCAGUUCGAGAAGGGAGCUCUACUACUGGCAUGCUUAUUAUGAGAAGAGACUACCAACAGGAACAACUGCCUUGCUGAAGUUGGAAGAGUUCGUUGCCAAAUUCAUGAGCAUACACAGAAAGAGCUCUGGUCGUCGCCAGUAUGUAUAGUUGCUGUCUUUCAGGUCGGGGGCCCCUUUAAAAUCCCUUCCUCCUAUAAUCUGUGCUGCCAGCUUUGAAGAGGCCUGCAGUCAUAAAGGCCCCGAGAUUUCUUCAUUUGCAAGGAACUUCUUUGCCCUUCCCCAAAGUCUGUUUUCGUCAUAGGGACAAAAACUCAAUGCCCGAAAGGGUUUACAUUCUACCAUUGUGUAAUGCUUUCGUUCGGAUAGUUCGCUGGGUGGUUCAUCAUUUCAAAAUCUGCGAGGAACAAUGCCGUAAUACCAUAAAAGUAUGCUUAUGAGUACUUUAUGAACCCUGAAAAU